UUCUUCUCUAGCACUGACCUUGCCCUAGUCACACGUUCUGAGUAAACUUGCAUUUUUGUUGAAAAAUUUUACGUGAAUUGUUUUUAAUAAUUGUUUAUUUGUGAAUUUAAAUGUUAAUUGUAAAGUUCCUUUUGUUUGUAAAAAUAAUAAUUAAUGUAAAAUACCCGAUUGAAUCUAUAUGAAUCGGGUAAACCGAGAAAUAUACCAGCAACACGUUCUACUUGGAGGCCAGAAAAUCCAGCACAUGGCAGAAGAAUAAUUAUUUGCGAACCAAGGAAAAAGGAAAACAGAGUCGCUAUAUUCUAAUCUGGAUGAUGUCGGUACUGUGGCUGGUGGUGGAGUGUGAGCCACCGCCCCCCUACAUCACCACAGUGGAGGAUGGCAGUUUUGUGCCACCCCCGGCUCCAAUCGACGUGUCUGAGGCGCGAAGUGUUGGUGUUGACAGCCGCCCCCGGGGCACCUCUCGCUACAAAGUAUCCAAAGUUGACGCUAGCGCCUUCUCGGCACGUCGUUCACAGUCGCCACAGUACACAGCUCCGCCACCCUCGGACUCCUACGCGGGACCCAUAGCCAUAGCAUCAGCUCCGUCGUCUCGCUACGGUCCCCCCUCAAACGGGUACGGACCCCCCAUAGCCAUAGGCACGCGGCCCAGCUCUGUGUAUGGUCCCCCCGCCACCCGACGGGCUUCAUCAUCUUCCUCCUCCUCCUUCUCACCCCUUGCCGUCUACUCUGGUGGACAGAAGAGUUCGUCGUCCGCCUCUUAUAACGAGCGUUCGGAGCCGGUGAACUACGAGUUCCAGUACAGCGUGUUGGACGUGCAGACAGGCGCCGACUUCGGUCACCAGGAGGCGCGGAUGGGCGACGCCGCCUGGGGCGCCUACUACGUUCUGCUGCCGGACGGGCGUCGCCAGGUGGUCGAGUAUGAGGCCGACCAACACGGCUACCGACCCAAGGUGCGCUACGAGGACGCUCGCAGUGCCGGCACCGGCGCCGGACAUCACGGUCACGGUCACGGUCACGGGCCUUACUGAGCACCCAGCAAUAUAAUGAUUAUUAUAUUCAAAUUUAUACAUUUCUAUCCAAUUAUAUACAUUCAAUAGUUGAAUGUAUAUUUGAAUAAUAAUGAUCAUUAUAUUUGAUUAUAGGAAUUAUUCUAUUUCUAUGGUUGAAAUCACCCACGGUUAAACCUCUAAGGUAUAUACCCAGUUUAUAGGACACUUCAAAUUUCAAGGACCAUAGAAUAUUCAUUUGAAUUUAUAGGUUUAAUGGUCCAUUAGAUUUAAUAAGUGUCCUAGAAACUGGGGCAAAGUAUAGAUCUGAGAGUAAACAAACCUAAGGGAUUCCUAAAUGUAAAAACCACAGUAGAGAUUUCUGUGAGUGUUCAUGAACAAUAUCAUGUCUCAGGACCUGAGAGCUCCAGCUACGGGAAAGUGUGAUGAUUGUACCUGAUAAUCAAGUUAUUCCUACUAUCUAUGGCGUGGUUCAGUUGAAAAUUGGAAGAGAGCAUAUCAAGUCAUAUCAUUGUUAGGAUUAAUCCUGAUGAAUUAUUGAAAUUUUUAUUAUUGCUGAUGAAUUAUUGAAAUUUUUAUUAUUGCUGAUGAAUUAUUGAAAUUUUUAUUAUUGCUGAUAAAUAAUUGAAAUUAUGUAACAAGGGAAUUAUGAUUCUUAAUAAUGAUCGAUUCCUUUCAGUAACAAUAUUUUAGGCGAAGCGUUCUUCACUAGUAGUUUUUCAAAAAGGAGUAAUGGUGUUCCAUUGUUUAGAAACAACACAUCAAAUCGUUCUAUGUAUUUCUACAUUACUGGAAUUGAUGGAAAAUUUUUAAUUUUCACCUAUAUUGUCUUUCAAAUAAUCGAUGAGAUAUUGUGAAGUGUAGCCUUUAAUGAACAUUAUUGUUCAAACAUCGCUCCAUAUCCAUCAAUAAAUAAUACCGUCAGUAAAUAUCAAUAAUCCAUUGAAAUACUGACUUGAACAAUCAUGAUUGUCUUAUGAACUCAGAAUUUUUGAUUGUAGGGUACCAUCAAAACCUCCUCUAAUAGAAUGCCUUGCCCUAUGUUAUGUAUCGUUGCCUGAGAAUGGCAACGUUGCGAAGUGGUACUAUCAUUGCUGUGAACAAGUCAGCCCGACAGCCCAGUCAAUUCAGGUCAAUCCGAAAAUUAGAUAAAAACUAAAUUACUCACCAUUGAUAGAACUAUCCCUGACGGUUGAAAGCUAUGAGAGGUCGAAUAAGAGAGAGAUUUUUCAAGUUGCAUUGAGUUAUUAAUUGCAUGCAUAGUAUUUAUUAUUGCAAGCAAUUGAUAAUCCAACUGCAAGUUGAUUGAUUUUAUUAUUUGUAUUGUCAGCAUUGGAUGAACGGAAGGCGUUGGUGAUAUUUAUUAGGAAUCUUGACAAUUGAAAGUGAAUCUCACUGGCAAGACAAUUCUUAAUUGCACUACUUUCCAGUGUUAUGGAUUUUUUGGCAUGGCAUUCAUUGGAGGAGGCUAUGGUACCGUUCUAUAUUGUUAAAUUAAAAUUUCAUCCCACGAUAAUCUCAAUAAAUUACUUCCGAUCUGGGAAUUCAUUACAUAUUCCAAGAAACCUCAAGGUUUUCUUAACAAGUGAUUAUUAGUUAUUUAUUUAGUGAUCAUGUUAUAUCUUUUUCUUCAUUCAUUAAUUUACUUAAAAACUUUCAAGCAUGAAAUUUUGAUAAUCCCCACUCUGUGAUAGUAUUCAAUCUUGAAGUUUUCUUAAACGAUGUCUUGAGAUUCUACUGGAGAAUUUCAAGGUUCGACACAAACGUUUUCCCAAAAACAAAAACGUCAAAAGGGAAAAGAGAUUGUACAGUACCUGGAAAACUUGUCAACUGUUUUCAUUCAUGAGAUUAUUGUUUUGAAAAAUGUAUAUAAUUUUCUAGCAAUUAUAAUUAUUAUUUGUAUAAAUUAUGAUACUUUGCGCCACUCCAUUAUUGAUGAUAAAGAGUCCGUUACUCUAUUUACUAGAAUAUUGCAAUACAUUUAUGUAAAGAAUUGUUAUUACAGCCUAAAAUCUGUUAGUUAAGUGAUCUUACCACUUAUGUACCACAUUGAUGUAAUUUUGUUCCAAGAUGAAACUUUCAACUGAUUUGAUUGUUGAAAAAAUGGAAUGAUAUACUUAUUUUUGUCAUUUGUGUCAGUCUCCAAAAUUAAAGUG